AUGUUCAAGCAAGUCUUAGCUUCGAAGCGACUGCUGAGAAAUUUCCAUGUCGCGACGCGCGCUGGAAGAGUUUCAUUGACGAGAUGUCCAACUCUGUACAGACCGCUACACCAUUGCAGCAUAAUGAUGCAGAAAGCACCACAGGUAGCGACUUCUGAGCUGGACAGAUAUAGAGUCUAUUACAAGCAGCUUCAGGACGCUGUAAACGAGGUCCCUGAGACCUUAGCAUCCAAGUCACCGGCCUUGAACUCACUGCACUCAAGGCUAAGGUUACCAGGAAGUUUUCCAAAAUCCACUUUGGCAAGAUGCCUGACGUGUCGUUCUUCUCAGCUCCCAAAAAAAGCCGUGUCACCUUCGUCUGGCGCCGCAUUUACUAAUACUGUCCCCACAAACAACUUCUGUGACAACCACGGACUGAACAUUUUCGGCAAAAACUUACUGACAUACCACGUCUCGCGCCAAGUGAUGACACAGUAUCCACGUCUGCCUACCGUGGUACUCAAUGCCGCUGUAGACGGCUAUAUCUCGCAUAACGUUCUUGCCAGUAUAGGCAGGUCAUGGGGCAUAGAGCUGGAAAAUGCCAGUGUUAUGGACAGGUUUCUCAAGGAAGAACCCAUUCAGCUCACGCUCGGGAGGCUGAGAUUCUUCAACAACAGUUUGAAACGUGAAGACGGUGUGGAGCUCAUCACAGGCCAAAAUUUCUCCGAGGAGGCCGCCUAUGCCUUGGCCGUGAGAAGUAUAAUCGGCGCUCUUUGGGCGUACACCCAUGAAACCAACCCUGCAUUAGCGUUCAAAUUUAUCGACAACCACAUUCUGUCCCGUAAAUUAGACGUUACCAAGAUCUUCCAGUUUGAACACCCUACCAGAGAGCUUGCAGUCUUGUGUCGCCGUGAGGGCCUCGAAGCUCCCGUGUCGAGACUACUGGCUGAGUCCGGAAGGCUCUCCAAAGCCCCCGUGUUCAUCGUAGGUGUAUUCUCUGGAUCUGAGAAAUUAGGCGAGGGAUUUGGUGCAUCUUUGAAAGAAGCCAAGGCCAGAGCCGCCACCGAUGCAUUGACGAAAUGGUACUGCUACGAACCAGUGAAAGGUCAACCUUCUGUAAUUGACCACGGUGCUGUAAUCGUCUAA